UUUGCAAAAUUUACGUAUUAAGUAAAAUUAUUUUUUAAAUUUUAUUAUUUUAUCCAAUACUAGAUAUUUAUAUUCUUGGAAUAUGCAUAUUACAUUAUUUUUUCCACUUUUAAAAAAGACAUAAUGAAAGUUUUCAAAAAAUAUAGAUUGAGUGUAAAAUUUUAAUAUCAAUUGAUCCAAAUUUCAUUAAAAAUGGGCAAAAAUUCAGAAAAAAAUAUGUCAAUGGCACCUUCGAAGAAUAACGUAGCUGGUAAAUUACGUAGCGAGAGAACCAAAAAGUUAAUGAUGAAAUGCCAAAAAUGUCACCUCAAGUUUUCAUCCCAAAAGAAAUUUAUUCAACAUCUUAGAGAACAUGCAAAUUCCAGAAAUAGAUAUGGCAAAUCAACUCAAUGUGAUAGUUGUUCAAUGGUUUUCCCUACUCAAACAAAAGCGAUUCAACACAAACAUAGAGCACAUCCAGAUAUUCCAAACAGUUUUUGUCAAUUUUGCGGAAAAUUAUUUGUAUUGAAAAAUUCUUUAGAUGAACACUUGGCAAAAGAACAUGCUAAUCAAAUGUCUCAAUCCUGCAAUUUGAUAAAAUGUGAUCAUUGUUCAGCAACGUUUUCUAAUGCUGUAGCUUUGCAAUAUCACGUGAAAUCCUUACAUCAACAAAUCAAUUAUUUACUCGCAAAUGAUUUGUACAUUCCACCAUCAUCUACAAAAAUAAUACGAUCAAAUUCAUCCGAACUUUUUUCAGCAUAUUACUGUCAUCUUUGUGGUGUAGAAUACAUGAUAAAAAAUAGCCUUAAAAAACACUUGUACGAAAUUCAUCAACCUGAAGAGAGAAACAAGAAACCUGACGAUCUAAUUAAAUGUAGAACAUGUGAAGCAAUUUUUUUCACGAAAUUGGCGUACGAAAAACAUCUUGUGUUUCAUAAACCUAAUGAUUUUUAUGCUGCUAAUCAAGAAGCGAGAAUGAAAGUUGUUAGUCGUGUAGACCAAGAUUUUGAUAUUUCAAGGGUUCCGUUGUUGCAAGAAAUAAAUAUUAUGAUGAAGCAGAUGACUGAAAGUAAUAUGUUACCCCAAAAUGGCUUAGGAACACCAAAUAUUCUAACAAAUCCAAUUAAAAUAGAACCAGAUGAUUCAAAUGUAGGUUUAGAACCUUCAUUUCAAAACAAAAGUUUAGAUAUUAUUCCGAUUCAAAGUGUUAAGGUUGAAAAAUUUAACGUGUCUGAAAAAUUUCUCCCAUCAGGAGCUUUUGAUAAGACGGAUUAUGAUCAAAAUCAAUCUCAAACAAAUAAAUUAAUUUUAACCAAAAAUACAGAAUUAGAAAAUAAAAAAAUUCAAGAAAAAAAUAAAAUUUCAACGCUUAAUAGAAAAAUAUUUCAAACCAAGAAAAUUUCUUCAGAAACUAAACCACCAAUUAUUACAAAAUCUAAUAGUAAAAAUCCCUCUCCAACUGACUCAGGCGCUAGUUUUAAAGAGAUUGAUAAAACCUCAAAGGCUUGUACGAUUGUGUCCAAUAAAUUGGAAAAUAAAAUUGUAAUAAAAAGUAGAACUGAUGCCACAAUGGAGAUAGUUGAUUCACAAAACAAAGUAAUUUUACUGAAAAAAGUUGUAUUGAAAAAAAAACCAAAAGUUAAGGUGAAAAUGGAAAAUCAAUAAAGUUACUUUAAUUAAAUUUUUUCCAAUACUGAUAAAUAUUUCUUUUCAAAUUAAGUUUUAAAUAUUAAAAAGGUGCUGUAUAGUCAUCGUCAGCUACAUCAUCGUACAAUGGCUCAUCGUCAGAUAAAUUAGAA